AUGCGUUUCAAAGCAAUUAUUCGUGCAGACGUUUAAAGUCCGCACACCUACAGUCUUCUUGGUAAGGGGUCAUAACUCAUAAAUCAUUAUGUACUUUAAGCGCUAUAACAUGAAUUCUUUCUAGUGUCUUGACCUCUGACCACAAAUACUCCAACUUCAAACCAUGUUGCCAUGACAACCUAUGAUGGUUUUAUUUACAAUUUUAUUUGACCACGUUUCGAAGUGUUUAUAAAAUACAAGCCUGAACUUUGCGGUUUCUUUGCCUCUUUAUUGGCUAUCCUUUGCUUUCUUUGUGACCAACCAAGACCUAACCAUGGUGCGUGAACUGAAUAUGGACACGCAAAGGCAAAAUUUCUGGAAGGAGAGUAUCAGAAAAGAGGCAAUGGUGCGACUUGCAUGGCAGACUCAAUACUCGAAAGAAUUUGCUCGUACAGGUGGUUUUAAUAAGACAAGGGCGAAAAAAGGCAGCGUAGACGUGAAACCUGUUAUGAAAAAUCUUCAGGAAAAACUGGAAAUCAAGCUAAAUGAGUUACCAGACAAUGCAAUGGACGAAAAAGCCGAUACUACGAAGCCAGCAAGUCAACCAAAAACAUACACGAAAGAAAUGCGACCAGCUUCCAAGCCAACAACAAAGUUACUUUACGAAGGAUUCAGUGCAGACGGCGGGGGCAGAUAUGCUUAUUUGGAGAAACGAAAGACCAUUAUUCCUGAGAAUAAAUACGAAUUUCCAAUAACGAGCUCCUUUGAGUAUGGUUGGAAGAAUAAAGACGCAAUGAAGGUGAUGAAGCCAGCGCAAUACAGCCGUAGUUCGACAAUCAAGGAAGAAUUUUAUAGACCGAACGGCAUUUUUACAACCUAAUAAACUAUUGUGUGAAAAACAAAUAAACCAUAAUUUUACUACAAGUAUAAGUAGAUGUUUUGAAA